AUGAGCGCCGGAAAAUUGGUUCUGGUGACCGGGGCGAGCGGUUAUUUGGGGGCGCAUUGCGUGAAGACGCUUUUGGAGAAGGGCUAUCGAGUUCGGGGCACCGUUCGAAGCCUAAAUAAUGAGAAGAAGGUAGCACCAGUGAAACUGCUCGAUCCAACCGGCCAAAACCUGUCCCUCGUCGAGGCCGAUUUGAACGAAAAGCAGGGAUGGCCAAGCGCGGUUGCCGGUUGUGAUUUUGUACUACAUGUAGCCUCACCGUUUCCGCUUGUUGGAACCGAAGAAACGAUAAAAACGGCUGUGGCGGGAACGAUGAAUGUCCUUGAGGCAUGUGCCGAGGCGGAGUCGGUCGAAAAAGUGGUCCUGACGAGCAGCGUUGCAGCCAUUACAGAAGGACAUCUCCAUGUAGACGCACCAUUGAAUGAAGAUUACUGGUCAAAGCCGGAGGAGGCUCCGGCAUAUCCGAAGAGCAAAACGAUGGCCGAGCGGGCCGCCUGGGAUUUUGUGAAGCAGAAGGGGCAUAAAAAUAAUUUUGCCCUGACCGUCAUCAACCCUGGAUUCAUCAUCGGGCCGCCGAUUACUGACGAUAAGGGCUCGAGCGUGGAUAUUGUCACCCAGAUCCUCUCCCUCCCGGCACUCCCUCGAAUUACCCUUUCCAUGAUCGACGUGAGGGAUUGUGCGGCGGCUCACGUAGCCGCGCUCACCAGUACUGACAGCGACGGCCAGCGAGUUAUUUGUUGCAGUGAGGACUCCGCGUUUAUGAUCGAUGUGGCGCAUGCUUUGAGGAAAGAAUUCGGGGAUCAAGGCUAUUGCCCGGCCAACUACCAAAUCCCGGACUGGAUCGUCCGUUUUGGGGCGCACUUUAACGCAACGAUGGCCGGCAUCGCCCCCAGGCUCGGGAGGAAAAUCAGAUUUGAUAAUUCCAGGUUGCGUAAUGUUCUCGGCAUCACGCCGCGUGACCCGCUGAAAUCGGUAGUGGAGAUGGUAUACGAGCUGAUCGAGCGCGGGCAUAUUAAGAGGACGUCGAAAUAUCGUGGAAAGCCA